AUGCUUGUGGCGUGGCCUAGGUCAGUUGCAAGAGAUGCUUCGUUGCGAGAUGAGCUAUUGGUCUCCGGUAAGACUGAUGUAAUUAGGUGGCUAAAAGAGACCCAUCAUAAAGUUUCCUCAGGUGAUUCAAAGAUUAGGCGUUCACUCCAUCACCCUGCAUACCAUGAGCAUGACUUGGCUUUACGUUUCAAGUAA